GUGAGUCUCUCUGUCUGCGUCCGUCAGCUUCCUGGUUUAUUCCUGGAUUUCUGCUGGUGCAACAGUUGUUUUAUUGGGCAGUUAGUGGAUCAUUGUUCCUCGGAUUCACUAGACAUUCGUCUAAAUUCUAUCCAGAAAACUCCGUGUCUGUCGAUGCGUGUUGAUAUCCGCUCAUCUUGUGGCUCUUUAGCCUGAAGCUAACUGAAGAAGCCAAGGAAGCUGCGUCUGUAUCCGGAGCGAGGUGGAUUAAAAUGUCCAGACUGGAGAGAUGGAAAGAGUCCUACAACAGAAUCAUGUUGGAGAUGGGGAACAGCAGACCAGCCUCCAUCAAGAUCCAUCACAUGUCUUUGUGGUGACAUGGUGAUCUGAGCAUAUCCAUGUGGUUUUCCACCAAUAAAUAAAGUAAAAAGUUUGUAACCAAUACCUGCACCCUCAAGUUUCAAUCUCAGUUGUGAGAUUGUCAGAUUUGCUAAGGGCUUGGACGAUGACGGCUGUGGUGCAAGACUAGUUCCAUCCAUCCAUCCAUCCAUCCAUCCAUCCAUCCAUCCAUCCAUCCAUCCAUCCAUCCAUCCUAAUCCGUUGCCGGGUCACAGGGGCUUCAAAAGGCUGUGCUAAACUCUCCUGGGUAACAUCCAGCAGCUCCGGCCGGAGGAUCCCCAGACGCUCCCAGGCCAGUGAAGUGAUAUCAUCCCUCCACCUGCUCCUUAUCUCCAACAGCAGCUGAUGAUCGAAGGAGAAGAUACUUCAGAACAGCAGGAGUGCAGCUCCAGUAUGAGUCAAGAGGGACAAGAACAUCCUCUCAUUAAAGAAGAAAAAGAAGAGAUCCAGACCUUCCUCAUUGAUGUGAAGAGUGAAUAUGAUGAGGCUGGAACCAGCAGCUUUGAUCAACAACUGAAAACAGAAGAGGAAGAAAUUGAGAGUCAAGUCAACAGAACCACAGCCUCCCCCCUGUCUCUUGUGAAGAGUGAGGAUGAUGAACUUGGAAUCAGCAGCUUGACACAACAAGUGAAAACAGAAGCUGAUGGAGACAAGUGUGGAGGACCAAACCCAGCCAGCGACUUGGACACAUCUCUUCAUGCUGACCAGCAGAGGUCGCUGUGCUCUGAAUCUGACACUGACGACAGUGAAGACUGGGGAGAAACCAGUAACAAUCAUUCUGCUUCAAACUCUGUUGAGGAUCCAAACAUUUGUGGACAAAAAGGGGAAAAAAAGUCAUUUAAGUGCUCACAUUGCGGCAAAUGUUUCUCUGCUUCACUUAACCUGACUCGGCACAUGAGAAAACACACGGGAGAAAAAACUUCUAGGUGCUCUCUGUGUGGUAAAUCUUUUACUAGAAAAAGUAAAUUGGAAGCUCACAUGAAAAUUCACACUGGAGUAAAACCUUUCCACUGCACACACUGUGAUAAACGUUUCACAUUUACAGCCUAUCUGAAACGACACAUGAGAAUUCACACAGGACAAAAACCUUUCAGCUGCACUCAGUGUGCUAAAUAUUUCCGAGGUACAACUGAGCUGAAACAACACAUGAGAAUCCACACAGGAGAAAAACCUUUUAGCUGUACUCAUUGUGGUAAAUGUUUUGCACAUCCCAGUGGUUUGACAAGUCACAUGAGAAUUCACACUGGAGAAAAACCAUUUGGCUGCACUCAGUGUGGCAAAUGUUUUUCUCAGAAAGGUGUGUUGAAUAUUCACAUGAGAGUUCACACUGGAGAGAGGCCUUACAUCUGCUCUGAGUGUGGUAGCUCUUUUAAAGACAGUGGGACCCUGAAGUCUCACAUGGCAGUUCACACUGGAGAAAAACCCUAUCUCUGCUCCCAUUGUGGGAAAUAUUUUACACGGAGAAAGAACUAUAUGGCCCACAUGAGGGUCUUUCAUCAGAUCUCCCUUCAUGGAGAAGUGAAGUCUUAAGCCUUUGGAUGCCAGAGGUUGUCAUGUCACUAUUUUAAGUAGCUGUACUAUGACUGUCAGAAAUGAUGGUACACUAUUAAAGAGAAGUUGG